AUGGAUACACCAAUUGUAAUCGGUAGGCCACAGCAAAAUGUGACCGUAGACUAUCAUCUGCAACAUAAUUUUACAUCUACGGUCGAAACUGUAAUAAAUGACUGUGCUGAUAUGUGGUACAGUAUAAUAUUUCUAGUAACAUUAUUUCUAACAUUUCUAUUUAAUAGUAUUUGCUUAUUUAUAAUUUGGAAUAUCAAUGGAUUUAAAAAUAAUAAGAAUCAUCUAUAUGUUCGAGCAUUACUAGUGUGCGAUGUAGGUGCUGCAUUAUUUAUGGCAGUUUGCCCCAGCAUGUAUCUUAUUGAUUGCAGCUUUGUCAAGUCACAAGGGCUAUGUUCUGCUAUUGGCUUUAUAACUUCUGUAUUUAACGGCAUGACUGCACUUAUAGUCGCGUUAAUGUGCAUUGAUCGUUAUUUAGCCAUAAUUAAACCAUUUCUGUAUCGUAGAAUUGUAACGUACAACAAAAUUGUAAUUUGUAUUAUUCUAUGCGCUGUUUGGCUUAGCCUUCACAUGGCGAUACCUCUAUGGGGUUCAGGGAAAUUUAUAACAUACCCUAUAGGCAGAUAUUGCUCAUUUGAUAUAUUUGAGAAGAAACCAUACGAUCGUGUAUUAUCUUAUUUAGUAUUUGGAGAAGGCAUUAUUAUAUCCUUCUUAGUCAUAUUUUGUAGCAUUCGUAUUAUUCGAUCAUUACGAAAGCAACGCAAAUCAAUUAAAACCAUGUCUAUCAAGCAAACAAGCAGAGCAAAAGCACGAUUAAUAACUGGCAAUUUCGAAAUGUUGACAGCAUGGAUUGCAGUUUGCUUCAUCUCAUGUUAUUUACCAUUUGUGUUAUUCCGAUUGCUAUGCAUGAUUAAUAUUGAGCUUCAAGAUACCUUUGGCCACUAUAUCACGGAGAAUAUUCUCUACUUAAAUCCACUACUGAAUCCAUUUUUAUGUGUCACGUAUAACAAACGUUACAGAACAAAAUUUCAUAUCAUGCUAAUGCAGUGUGGCUUAGUUUGCUGUAUAAGCAAAGUAAGACGAAAACUGGAAACAGCUAUCCAAGUUGAUAGAGUCGAAAUGGCUCUACCUUCUGCUUUUGAUGAGAGAAAAAGUACUGUUGUUAGUGCCAAUGAUACAUCCUGUAUGGAUUUUGAGUCUAGAUUUCAGGUUAAUACGAUGCGAAAAUCUUCAACCAUUCUUUCAAUGGUUGAUCUCCAUAACGUCCAUUUAGAUCGUGAGAGCAAUCUUAUAAAACUGCAGAAACUUCGUGCGAAUAGCAAACUUAGCAGGACUCUUCAAAAUCAUAUACUUAGUCAUGAACAAAAUGAUAGCGGUCAUGAAAAUAUUCCAGCCAGCCGUACAAGUCCCACUAAUAGUAUUACAGAUAAUGUUUCGGUUGCAUUUAUGAUCGAUAACACUGAUAACACCGCUGAAAAUACUGAUCAUUCUGAUGAUACCGGAAUUUAUAUAAAUGAUAACAUCAAUGACAUUAAUGAUGACAAAAUCAAUUACAAUGACUUUAACAAAACUGAUAAUACUAAUAAGGCGGAGAUUACUAUUGCCGUCGAUAGAUCUGAUAAAGUUAGUAAUAGUAAUUUUAAAAUAGUUGAUACUAAUGAUGUUGCAAAUAAUGUAAAGGACACUGGCGAAGAUGGAAAUAGCAACAGCAAUACUAAUUUAGAUGCGACGGAUACGUAUUACGCAAGCUUUUGA